AUGGAUCUUGUGUUGAAUGUCGCUGACUACUACGUAUUCACACCCUACGUGUACCCGGCGUCGUGGGCAGAGGACGGCGCCCUGCGGCAGAUCCUCAGCCUGCUGGUAGUGACCAACCUUGGUGCCGCGAUUCUCUACCUGACCCUGGGAGCCCUCAGCUACUACUUUAUCUUUGACCAUGACCUUAUGAAACAUCCACACUUCUUAGAGAAUCAGGUUCGGCGCGAGAUCAAAUACGCACUGACCUCACUGCCGUGGAUCAGUAUUCCAACGGUGGCCUUGUUCUUCGCCGAAGUUCGAGGUUACAGCAAAGUGUACGACAACGUCCACGACUCUCCAUUGGGGUGGACUGGGCUCUUCCUGAGUAUGGUAUCUUUUCUACUUUUCACCGACAUGUGCAUUUAUUGGAUUCAUAGGUUCCUACAUCAUAAGCUUAUUUAUAAGCUCUUUCACAAACCGCAUCAUGUCUGGAAGAUUCCCACACCAUUCGCCAGCCACGCCUUCCAUCCGGUGGACGGCUUCAUGCAGGGGCUCCCAUACCACAUCUAUCCAUUCCUUUUCCCCCUCCACAAGGUGCUAUACCUGGCCUUAUAUGUCUUUGUCAACAUUUGGACCAUCUCCAUCCACGACGGUGACUACCGUGUACCCGGUGCCAUGACGGGAAUCAUCAACGGCUCGGCGCACCACACAGACCACCACUUGUUCUUUGACUACAACUACGGCCAGUACUUUACGUUGUGGGAUCGCAUCGGGGGCUCUUACCGCCACCCGUCGGCCUUGAUGGGCAAAGGUCCCCACGACCUGAUCCGCAGGCUCCGGGCGGAGGCAAAGUUAGACGGCAGCAAAGCAAAUGGACAGAGAGACGUCAUGUGUAAAGAGGAGUAA